AUGGCCACAAACUCCUACACCGCCCCCGCUCCCAAGCAACCCGGCAACACCAAGUCCGAGGCGGAGCAUUACCAACAUGAAAGCACCCAAGGCGCCCGCGGCGAAGGCCUCCUUCGAGUCAAAGGCGAAAAAGUGGACAUUGCCCCUCUGCAACAGUCCAUCACCUUCCCCUUCUCCGGCCGCACGGCCAAGAACCGCUUUUUGAAGGCUCCCAUGACGGAGCGCCUUUGCCAUUGGAACAAAGACGGCGAGGACAUUAAUGCACGUGGUUUGCCUUCGGAAGAAUACACUCACCUUUACAAGCGAUGGGGAGAGGGCGAAAUCGGUGUCAUCGUUGCAGGUGUGUAUAUGGGAAGCAGUCGCUUCUCCGGCUACUUACGUCUCCUCUCUCCAGGAAACAUGAUGACAACCUACGACGCGGUCGAAGCCUUUGGCAAUCCCAUCCUCCCCGAUGACCACGAUGGCCGCGUCGCAGCCUUCAAAAAAGUCACCGAUGCAGCCAAAGCCCACGGCUCCCUUAUCGUCUCCCAACUGUCUCAUCCCGGUCGACAAGGUAGUGCCGCGCUCAAUCCAAACCCCGUCAGCGCCAGUGACGUGCAGCUCGAGAUUGCAUGGGCGGGCAACUCCUUCGCUAAACCCCGCGCCCUUACCGUGCCUGAAAUCAAGGAAAUUGUAAAGCAGUGGGGUGAAGCCGCUUAUUUGUGCCACAAGGCUGGAUUCGACGGCGUGCAAAUCCACUGCGCUCACGGCUACCUCCUCGCCCAAUUCCUCGCCCUAACCACCAACAAACGCACCGACGAAUACGGCGGCAGCUUCGACAACCGCUGCCGCAUCAUCUUCGAAAUCAUCGCCGAAGUCAAGCGCCGCGUCCCGGACCCCACCUUCAUCAUCUGCGUUAAACUCAACUCCGUCGAGUUCCAGCCCGGCGGACAAACGCCCGAAGACUGCCGCAACCUGUGCGUCAAGCUGGAAGCAGCGGGCAUCGACUUUGUCGACUUGUCCGGCGGCACGUUCGAGGGCCGCGCGUUCGAGCACAAAAAGGAGAGCACCAAGGCGCGCGAGAGCUACUUUAUCGAAUUCGCUGAGCUGCUCCGCCCGCUUCUGAAAAAGACUAAAGUGUACGUCACCGGCGGCUUCCGCUCUGCCCGCGGGAUGGCGAAAGCAAUCGAAGAGGGCGCCUGCGACGGUAUCGGCAUGGGUCGCCCACUCGGCGCCGAACCCUACCUCUGCAAGGAAAUUCUGGAGGGCAGAGUGCAGGGCGCGAUUGAGAAUUUCGUACCCCUGCCGCAGAAUACGCAGGCGACGGGCUCGCAGCUGCAUCAGGUCGGCCAUGGGCAUAGGCUCAUCAGCGAUUGGAGUGACCAGGCGGAGGUGAAGCGGUGGGUGGAGGCGUUUGAGAAGGAGACGAAGCGGAAGGAGAGUAUCCUGCCCAAGGUGGAUAGUUCGGGGUAUCCGCAGAUUCAGGCGCAGACGGGGUUUGAGUAUGUGAGGUGA